AUGGGUUUUGGUUUCACAUCUGGAUACCAGGCAGAGGCAGAUUUGGGACUUGGGACAAAUGGAUUUGAAGUCUCUCUCAAUUAUAUAACUGGAGUUCCUGAUCCCAACGCUUUACAGUCAACUGAACUGCAGUUGCUAUUUAGAGGGCUUCAAAAGCAUGAUAGCAUAACAAGGGAGAAAUCCAUUGCAAAGCUUUUUGACCGAAUAUCGCACAAUCCUUCCAUUAUAAAAAAUGAUAUCGCCAUUAUUUCUUGGUGUCAGAUGUAUCCCAUGCUUGGAAUAGAUGAGUCAAGGAAAGUGAGGACUUUUUCGCACAAAGUACAAUCCCAAUAUGUGAGGAUUCUCCAAAAGAAGUUUUAUAAGUAUCUUCGUGACACAAUUGGAGUAUGGCUUUCUGGAUUGUUCGAUGCUGACCGAUCUACAUCUAAACUAUGUAAGCAAGAUCUUUAUGCCACGUUUAAUAACGAUCAGGCAAAAUUAGAUGGCUUAUGGAAAAUCUUCACAGAUCAAAUCACAAACUAUGUGUUUCAAGUAAUCACACUAGAAUCACAAGAUACUAUUUCCGAUGAGAGAUUUAUUGAUAAGGACGAGAGUCGUGCAAAGUACCAUCGUGUUCUUUUAUCCACUAUUUUACUCUUUUCCGAUCUGUUAAGUCGGAUACGCUCGGAGAGCAUAAAUGUGACAAAAGAUACCAAGACGAAGAUUCUUUCACUUUUUACCAAUUCGGCGUAUCUUUCAAUCUUUUCCACCAAAGAUCCUCUUCUUAAAAAAGCAAUAUACCAAACCAUUCGAUUGUUUUUAUCCGCAAAUGAAAAUGGUGAAUUUGCCGCCGAUUCAAACUACUUUGAUAAGCUAUCUUCGGCCGCUGUUAAGGGCUUAAAGAUUAACAAGAAGCAAAAUUCUGCAUUAUAUUCUGGUUCGAUACUUGCAAUUCUUGACGCACUUACUGUGUUGACUAAGCGCAAAUCUGCAUUUUGGCUUACUGCUAGAAAAGCGGAGCCAAAUCUUCUUGAUACACUACGUCUUGGAUCCUUGGGAUCAAAUCCUCUAUAUUAUGACAUUGUUUACACAUUAUUAACCUUACUUCCAUACGACUUUUUACCAAUUAAAAAAUAUGACAAGGUUAAGCUUUAUUUAGGAAUUUUGGAGACUGAUGUUGAGAAUGAGAAAUUACCGGGAUUUAAAGUUAACGCAUUCAAAACAUAUAUGAAUUUCGUGCACAAGGUUUACUCUGCAUUGGAGGAUGAUAGUCAGACACUCUUAAUAAAUAGAGUAGCAUGCCUGCUUGUGAAAAUUCUUGAUUCUCCUCGUCACCUUUCAAAUUGUAUGCUCGCUCUUAUGAAGAAUUUAAAAGUUUAUCAAAAUGAUGAUGCCGAUAUAUUGUUAGACAUUAAUUCCGCAAUCCUAGAUGCAUUACCUUCAGGGCUUAUUGAGUAUGCUUCUUUGAAGUACAAGAUUGUGCACCAAAAAGAAUUUUGUCAAAACUUUAUUUCGUUAUUGCAGGAAAAUGAAUCUGAUCUUCUUUUAGAAUUAAUUACCAACUCGGUUGAGUCUUUACGUGAUGAAACUGACGAAUACCCUACCUUGGCACUUGACAUCAUUGAUAUAUAUAUCAAGAUGAAUAUCAAUCAGGCUAAGAAUAUUAUUGCUAAUUCCAUACCCUUAAUAGACUCAUUUAUUACAAAAGGAAAUCCAGAAUUGGUCUUUGGUAUUCUUCUUGAUUACUGGAACUCGAAUUUAUUUGACUCGCUAUCAGUUUCUAAAGCAGUUGAUGCUGAAUUUAUUUCUCUGCAGAAAACAACAAGCGAGAGUCUUGUUUUAAAUAAUCUUAGUCACAUCAAAGAUUUUCAAGUUGAAGAUGCUCCCAAUAUCAAGGAGUAUCUUUUAGAUCAUACAGCUAGGAAUAAGCAGACUGAGGAAAAUGAUGAAACGCUUUUCAAAGUUUUGAAUCCGGAGAUACUUGAAAGACUUUAUGUGCAAUCAGUACUUCACACAAAUACUCCUUCUUUCGUGAGGAAAUGUGAAGAGUAUUAUCAAGAUAUACCAAUGAUUACGUUUAGUACCUCAAACAAUGAAUUUCUUGUCUACUUGAUCAAAACUCAAGAAAGUGAAAGCUCGAAGAAACUUCUUGAUUUGUUACUAAAGCAUAUUAAUGAGGAUUCAUUCAUGCAUGCGUACCUUGAUGCUUUAAAAGUUGCAUUUUCAGAGUCCCCAGGGGAUAGUUUAAUUAGAAGUAAUUUAGAUGUCUUGGACGUGGAAACUUUGUCGAAGUACAUACCUAAAUCACUUGUUUCUGAGAUUGAGGAACUUAUACCACGUUCUCCAACCACAGAAUUGACUGUUUCUAAUAUAUUCGGCACAUCAUUAUACCUAUUUUUGGACUCGCAAGAGAGUUUGGAAUUCAAGAAUUUGAAGAAACUAAACGAACUAUUGUUUUACGCUGAAGUUUUAAGGGGCAAGGCGGAUCUACUGUUGUCUAAUUUUGAUUUGGCUACGGAUGUUAUGCUGCUUUUGGAGAUAAUAUCUGAUUGUUCAUUUUUAUCGAGUGAACCAUAUAAUGCACACAAUACAUUCCAACGCUUUAGAGAUGAAUAUCUUGACGGUUUCUUCAAUUCCUGCUCUUUAGAGAGCAUUUUUGCAAAGGAUUUAAUUGUUCAGGGACAUUGUCAGUAUCUUGAAAAACUUCUUGAAUCAAAGAAUAACUGUAUUCAGUUUUACACAUAUAGAGUAUAUGCAAGAGUUGCAAGCUUUGUUUAUGAUAAAUCGCCUAGUCGUUUGGGCAUAUCUGACGCAUCAUUGAAGUUUAUUGCGUCUGAUCAAAGAAGGAUGACUGUGCUACUUCUUUGUGAUCGGGACAUCAUACAAUCAGAUAAACUGUUUACCUACAGAAAUCGGAUAGCUGCCAGUAUCAUUGGUAUAAGGUCAACGGAGGAUAUUUUAGGGUCGGGUUUAAAGUCACUUUUACUGAUUAACUUGAUGCUAUCCUCAAAGUUCAUUGAUAGCAAGCCGCUUUUCCCUCCUCAAAGAUUUAUGAUGAUGUUGAAUACGUUGACAGCUUGGCUUGAUUGUGAUAUUUCCUACGAUACCGAGUUUACUGCAGUGAGAAUAGCUCUUUUUGAAUUUGCAACAUAUUACCUAAUAAAUGCUCAAGAUAUAAAUGUUUCUGUUCUUCCGCAGGAAACUAAGGACAGGGUAAGCGAACUUAUUAUGAGAGUUUGUACAGAGUCAUUGGAUAUGCUUGUUGCAGAUAAGCAACCAGUAGAGCUUUCGUACUUUACUCUCCGGCUAGUCAAGACGUUUUUUGCUAAGUGCGAUGAGACUGUUCUUUCCGAGUACCAAGAAGAUAUACAAAAGGGAGUGGUCGAAUAUUUGUUUAAUCUUCUUGACAUUCAGAAUGCCAAUGGACCUUUGCUUAUGGUGCUAGAUAUUUUGACCUUUCUUUUAAACAAUCACGUACCAUUGAAACUUUUUCGGCCUAAAUAUGCUAAUUUGUUUGAAUACUUGGUUUCUCCUGUUGUGAAGAUUCAACGGCUAUCCGUUUCAAUGAUCUGCAAGCUUCUUCCUCAAGUACAAGAUAAACUUGUUGUUGAUACCUCACUUGAUAAGGAGUUGAUAAAUGAUGUGAAGAUUCCGCAAACUCUGAUUGACCGUGCCUACGAUUUUUCUGAUAGUGAUACGCUUACCUAUCUUUGGAAUUGGUAUUUAAUUUUAAAGCAUUUUCCUUCCAUAACUCAGGAGUUGAAGGACAGAUACAUUGAGCAAUUGAGUGAGGGGUUGAUUUAUAAUAGUUUAGCUUUGCUAGUCGACUACAUAGAUGUGGGCACGUUCAAAUUCCCAGAAGGAUCGAGUUUUGAGUAUGUCAGCAAUUACUCUGUGGAUCUUGAUGGUGAUUCUUUGGAUAAGAAGUCGGAAAAGAGAAAAUUGGAGGUGAAUCUCCUCUACAUGAUGAUGCGGUUUAUUGGUGGAAGUGUCGUCCGUAAAUGGUUUUCUUCCAUCAGGGACAUUCAGCUCAAAAAUAGGCUCAACACGUUCAUUGCAACAUACAUAAGCCCAAUUCUUAUCGAUGAUAUUCUUGAUUCGUUGAGUCUGAGAGAUGUUACUGAAGAUGAUAAGUUUAAGUUGAAAAUGAACAAGACAGUUCACGAAGUGACCUGUUCCUGUGAAAUCGAUGAUCAAACAAUGGAAAUAUUGAUUUCCCUCCCAGCUGAUUAUCCUCUUUCCCAAAUAUCGGUAAGGGGAUUGUCCAGAGUUGGAAUUAAAGAAAAGAAAUGGCAAGCUUGGAUAAGAUCCUUCCAGUAUAUGAUCAACUUCCAAAACAUGUCAAUCAUGGAUGCAGUGAAACAUUUCAAGGAGAACGUGGACUCCAAGUUUGCCGGAUAUGAGGAUUGUGCUAUUUGCUACUCGAUCAUCAAUGCAGUUGACCACUCCACUCCAAACAAGGUUUGCCCAACGUGCCAUCAUAAUUUCCACUCAGCUUGUUUAUACAGAUGGUUCAAGAGUUCGGGUCAAUCGACAUGUCCACUGUGCAGAAGCAGCUUCUCAUUUAAAAAGCAUCAUUAG